GAGACCUCAUUAUCAAUUAUGUGGUAACCGCCUGAUCCACUGAUGAUUUGGCACCCCCUCUUACCCCUCUUCGGAGAUAGUUUCACACCAUCACGGAAGACAUACAUCCCCGAUAUCCUCGCCCUUAUUCUAAACCCGAUUUCUAUGGUUCGGAGGUUAUUUAAGGUUUCAACUUCCGUUCUCUAGUCCUCAAGUUAGUACAUAACAUACUAAUCUCCUUAUACCUAUACCGAGACACAUACAUACUAAACGAUAUACACCAUGCCCCGCCCAACAACCCGACAAGAAGUCCUCGCCCGUCUACGCAAGACCAUCGCCGAUGGUUCCAUCAUCAUCGGUGCGGGAGCCGGAAUCGGUCUCUCCGCCAAAUUCAUCGAAAAAGGCGGCGCCGACCUCAUCCUCGUCUACAACUCGGGCCGAUUUCGCAUGGCGGGCCGAGGCUCUCUCGCAGGGAUGAUGCCCUACUCUGACGCCAACGCCGUGGUCGUAGAGAUGUCCAACGAAGUCCUCCCCCUCAUCCAAAACACCCCCGUCCUGGCCGGUGUGUGCGGCACUGACCCCUUCCGGGACAUGCGGACCUUCCUGCGCCAACUACGGGAUAUUGGGUUCGUCGGCGUGCAAAACUUCCCGACAGUCGGGCUCAUCGACGGGAACUUCCGCGCGAACCUCGAAGAAACAGGGAUGGGGUAUGAGAAAGAAGUGGAGAUGAUUCGGAUCGCACGGGAAAUGGAUCUGGUGACGACGCCGUACGUGUUUAACGUGAAGGAAGGGGAGAUGAUGGCGCGGGCGGGAGCGGAUGUGAUUGUGGUGCAUGUGGGAUUGACGACAAGUGGGACGAUUGGAGCGCAGACGGCGUUGACGUUGGAUGAGUGUGUGAAGGUGGUGCAGGAGGUGCGGGAUGCGGUGGUGAAGGUCAAUCCGGAGGUGAUUGUGUUGUGUCAUGGAGGGCCGUUGGCGGGGCCGGAGGAUGCGGAGUAUGUGUUGAAGAGGUGUCAGGGGGUGCAUGGGUUCUUUGGGGCGAGUAGUAUGGAGAGAUUGCCGGUGGAGGUGGCGUUGGAGGAGAACGCGAGGAGGUUUAAGGAGAUUCAGUUGUAAGUACUUAUGGCUUAGUGUAAGUAGGGGGAAAAAGGUAUGUUGGGAGACUACUAUGGAAGCGGUGAUCCAAUAGGAAAUGAUGAAUGUAUUCAAUUAUCUGGUAUCUUCUGUUGAACAAUUACUCCACAACCACCAAUGCAACCCUAGCCAUA